ACCAAUAAACUCAGUAGUUUGAUAUCAGUCAGUCAGGACAAGUCGUUUAAUAUGUAGCCAUGUAGUAAUACCAAACCAAGUAGGUAGAAAUGUAAAUAUCAUUGCACUGAUAAGUAUAUUAUUAUUAUCUCUUUAGUGAAAUUAUAUUUAGUGGAAUCAUUCGUACAGUGGUCAUUGUACAAAUGUGUAGUGUCGUAGUCGUUAUCUUCGCGGUGUUAUGUUGCGGCGCAGCGUCGAGUGAACAACCUCCGGCACGCUUGGUGGAGUUACCGCAAGGUCCCGUGCGAGGAUAUAGAGACACGGAAUAUGGAAUUUAUGCCUUUUAUGAUAUCCCAUAUGCGAAGGCACCCACGGGAGCGGAUAGAUAUAAGGGUCCUUUGCCACCUCCGGUAUGGUCUGAGGUGUUUGAAGCUGUAGAUAGGGCGAUAAUGUGUCCACAGAACGAAAAAUUUGAAUUGCUUCCGGACAAAAGAACAAUGCAAGAAGAUUGUCUAACUGCAAGUGUUUAUGUUCCCGAAACGAAAGAGAAGAACUUACCAGUUGUUGUAUACAUACCUGGUGGAGCCUAUAUCGCGGGAUGGGGAAACUUAGGAACUCCCAAAAAUUUGGUUACAAGUAAAAAAGUAAUUGCAGUCACUUUUAAUCAUAGACUCGGUGCACACGGAUUUCUUUGUUUAGGCACCGAAAACGCUCCUGGCAACGCAGGAAUGAAAGACCAAGUAGCACUACUGCGAUGGGUAAAAAAUAAUAUAGCGAAAUUCGGUGGAAAUCCCGACGAAGUUACAAUUGCAGGGUAUGGCUCCGGGUCGUCAUCGGUAGAUCUUCUGGUGAUCUCAAAACUUGCCAAAAAUUUAUUUAAAAGAGCAAUUCUAGAAAGCGGCGCCAGUAUCGCGGUGUAUGGUCUUCAGGUAGAUCCAAUCAAAAGUGCAAAAGAAUUCGCGUCUUUAAUAACAUCUGAGCAUUUUGAGGACCUUGAUGAUUUAGAAAAUUUCUACAAGACCGUUUCAUAUGAGCAAUUAAGCUCAGCGAGAGUGAUUACCAGAAGAGACUCUAAUUUUUAUAUGGCACCUUGCGUGGAGCGUGAUUUGGGCGAAGAAAUGUUUCUAGAUGAUAGCCCAGUUGAUAUACUCAGAAGUGGAAAUUUUAAAAAGGUACCCAUGUUGUAUGGGUUUGCCAGCAUGGAAGGAUUGUUUCGCAUGCCACUUUUUGACCACUGGAAAAAUUUUAUGAAUUCAAAAUUUUCCGAUUUCCUGCCGGCUGAUUUAAAAUUCAAAAGUGAAACUGAAAAGGAGCAAGUCGCAGAAAGAGUUAAACGAUUUUAUUUUGGAGACAAGUUAAUAAAUGAGGAAUCCGUGUUGGCAUACAUAGAUUACUUUACUGAUACUAUAUUUGCGUAUGCAUCGCUUAAAUCGGUCAAACUCCAGAUUGAGGCUGGAAAUAACCAAAUAUAUUUGUACGAGUAUACAUAUUAUGACGACGAUACACCUGCAGUGCCUUAUACAAAUGUACGUGGUGCGAGGCACUGCGCACAGACUGAUAUAGUUUUAGACGGAUUAUUCAACAAAACUCGAAUCGAUAUUUCUGAUGAUCUGGAAACACAUACAAAAGUCAUGAGAGAAAUAUGGCUUAAUUUUAUGACAACUGGAAUGCCGGUACCUGAAGAUUCUAAGUUGCCUACAUGGCGACCUGUUGGUGCAGAUUGGUCUCCGUAUAUGUCACUAGGCAAAACAUUAGAACUAAAGGAUUCUCUUCUCAAGGAACGAGCCCUGUUUUGGGAUGAUAUUUACGAAAAAUAUUAUUUUAACCCAAUACCACCUACUUCUCCAUUGGAACAUACGGAAUUGUAAAUAACCUACAAGUUACAGUAAC